GCUGUCCCUUUGCCCUGACCAUGAAAGGGAGAGGAGACCUCAGGUAGCCACAUGGAUUGCAGCUGAAGGCUUUGGGAACUUGGUGCUCGGUUGCCAAAAGGCAGAGCUGGACAAAUCCUCGCCUGCGAGUGCCUCACCACCACCACAGGACACGGCAGGAGCAGCAGAGACCAGCACUGCUCCUGUCAACCCAGUGACCACCCAGCAUCCUGCUGGGACCACCACGGAUCUUGACACCUGACCUGUUCAUGUCGACGCAACCAUCCUUUGGGAAAAGGGAAUUUUAGCUCCAAAGGAUCUCUCUUGUCAGAGUUGUACUGAUGACCAGAUGCUCUAUUCAUUUUAUAUGUUAAUGUUCAAACUCCCUAGUAAUUAAGGCAGACACAGUUUAAGGCACUUCCCCAGCGACGCAUUUGCAGCAGACAAGAAGGUUGAGGAAAACCUGAUCCAGCACCAUCUCACGGCCUCUCCAAUUUACUCCUAUCAAAUUUCAUCAGCAACUCAGAACUUGAUCUUUCUAUUGAUUGACUGGAGUCACCUCUAGAUAUUUUCAUGCUGAUUUGGAAGACCUUUCGUACAAUAAAAGGGGGGAAAAAAUGAGGUUAAGGAAGACUUUUGACCACUGAUCAGCAACUCUGGCCAAAACUUUCCCAAUCAAGUGAAUUGCAAAGUUGGCUUCUGUGCCGAGAGGAACUUUCCACAUCCAGACACAGCGGGCAGAGUGGGAUCAUCCCUGUUACCGUCUGGGUCUCCUUCGACUGGAUCAUUUUUAGAUGAGGAGUUUCCAUGCUGAUCCUGAGAGCAACCCCUAGCCCAGUAGCCGCCUUCCUCGGGACUCCCGGCACUGCCCUCGCCCAGGGACCCCGCGCGUGGCCGCAGCUGCCAUGCUCCACCUGGUUGCUCUCCUCUUGCACUGUGUCCCCUUGGCCAUGGGACAGUAUGACAUUUGCAAGUCCUGGGUGACCACGGACGAUGGCCCCUCAUGGGAGUUUUAUGCCUGCCAGCCCAAGGCCAUGCGGAUGAAGGAUUAUGUGACGGUCCGGGUGGAUCCGGCAGGAAUCACUUGUGGGGACCCGCCCGAGAGGUUCUGCACCCAUGAGAACCCGUACCUGUGCAGCGACGAGUGCGACGCCUCCAACCCGGACCUGGCCCACCCGCCCAAACUCAUGUUCGACAGCGAGGACGAGGGGCUGGCCACGUACUGGCAGAGCGUGACGUGGCGCCGGUACCCGGAGCCGCUGCUGGCCAACAUCACCCUGUCCUGGAACAAGAGCAUCGAGCUGACGGACGACAUCGUGAUCACCUUCGAGUACGGGCGCCCCACCAUCAUGAUGCUGGAGAAGUCGCUGGACAACGGGAGGACUUGGCACCCGUACCAGUAUUACGCAGAUGACUGCAUGGAGGCCUUCAGCAUGCCAGCACGGAGGGUCCGAGACCUCUCCACCACCAGUGCCAACAGGGUCCUCUGCACGGAGGAGUAUUCCCGCUGGGCGGGCUCCAAGAAAGAGAAGACCGUCCGGUUCGAGGUCAGGGACCGCUUUGCCAUCUUUGCUGGCCCCGACCUCAAGAACAUGGACAACUUGUACACCCGGCUGGAGAGCGCCAAAGGACUCAAGGACUUCUUUACCGUGACUGACCUGCGGAUGAGGCUGCUGAGACCCGCCCUGGGGGGCACCUACGUGCAGAGGGAGAACUUGUACAAGUACUUCUAUGCCGUCUCCAACAUUGAAGUCACCGGCAGGUGUAAAUGCAACCUCCAUGCUAACCUGUGCACCUUCAAAGAGGGCAGCCUGCAGUGCGAGUGUGAGCACAACACCACGGGGCAGGACUGUGGCAAGUGCAAGAAGAACUUUCGCUCCCGGUCUUGGCGAGCAGGAUCCUACCUGCCUCUCCCUAACGGGUCCCCCAAUGCAUGUGCAGCUGCAGGCUCAGCCUUUGGCAACUGUGAGUGCUACGGGCACUCCAACCGCUGCAGCUACAUCGACUUUCUGAACGUGGUGACCUGCGUGAGCUGCAAGCACAACACGCGGGGGCAGCACUGCCAGCACUGCCGCCUGGGCUUCUACCGCAACAGCUCGGCCGAGCUGGACGACGAGAAUGUCUGCAUAGAAUGUAACUGCAACCAGAUCGGCUCCAUGCACGACCGCUGCAACGAGACCGGCUACUGUGAAUGCAGGGAAGGCGCCACGGGGCCCAAGUGCGACGACUGCCUGCCCAACUACUACUGGAGACAGGGCUGCUUCCCCAACGUCUGCGACGACGAGCUCCUGCUCUGCCAGAACGGCGGCACCUGCUACCAGAACCAGCGCUGCAUCUGCCCCGUGGGCUUCAAGGGGGUGCUGUGCCAGCAGUCCAGGUGUGAAGUGGACAAGAAGGACUGUGACGGUGCCCCCGGUGUGGGCGGCAGCCUCGGCACGGUCGCCCUGGGGGUGCUGGCCCUGCAGCUGCGCGCCUGGGGGGACCUCUGACCCCGCAGGGCGGGGGGCCCAGCCCAGGCACGUCGCCCGAGGGGGACCUGGGAGCCAGGUAACGGGUGGCUCUCCCCACCGUCUCCUCCGCCUUCCUUCACGCUAGGACUUGCACAACUUUGGGCCCACUUUCCCAGCAGAGGUAUCCGCAGAGAACCCGGGGCUGGCUCCUGCCCAGCCGGGGUGGCCCAGCCCAGAGCCGGCUGUGGAGUGUGGGGACUGCACCAGCCUGUGCCAGGGGCGUGGGCACAUCCUUCCCUCUGCACAGGGACUCUCCU